UUCUCAACCAUAUGUGUUGACUCUUGUAUCCCCUUUCUAGAAGAAAAUUUCUUAUAAAUUGGUGUAACAGAAUUAGGGUAUGUUGCAUCAUUGGGUUUGCGUUGAAUGAACAACAGAAACUAUCACUCCAGUUUCAGUAUCGCCAUAUUCACGCCAGAAUUCCCUUAUCGCCAUUGAAAUUGAAUCAAAAGCUUUAAGUUUUUCCCCAAUUCCAUGUCUACCUCUCGUCUCUGCACCAACUGCAGCAGCACCUCUCUUUUCCGCGACGAUGACACUGGGGGAUUGUUCUGUUCCUCCUGCGGCGCCGUUCAACCCUUCGAUCAAUACGAAUCCUUCACCGGCGGCAUCAACGGUCCACAAGGCACCUUCGUCCACAUCGGAACCUCAGGUUCAGGUAACUUUUACUCCUACAAAGACAGAAAAUUAUUAUCCGCGCGUAAUUCCAUUGAAGAAUUCACUAAUAGGUUAGGGUUAUGUUCCAAAACUAUUGAAAUUAAAUCCAUGAUUUCUGAUAUCACCGACGGUGAAUUCGGUCAAGGGAACUGGUUUCAAGUUUUGAUAGGCGCGUGCUGUUAUGUCGUUAUGCGAAAGGGUGAUCGUCCUUUACCUAUGGCGGAAAUCGCUAAUGCUCUUGCUUGUGAUGUUUAUGAGCUUGGGAAAAUGAUUCUUAGGGUUAUGGAUUUUUUGGAUUUGAGAGGAAAUGAUUUUCCUGAGUUUGAUAUUGUGUAUUCGUUGGAAAGGACUAUUAAUAGCUCUUGUUGUUUUGAUGAUGUUGAUAGGAGUUUGAUUGAUAAAAUGAAGAAACAGGGGGUGUUUUUGUUGCAGUGUGCUGUGAAGUUGUUUUUGAGUACCGGCCGUAGGCCGCUUCCUUUGGUAGUUGCUAUUUUGGUUUUGGUUGCUGAGAUUAACCAGGUUGAAAUUCGAAUGGAGGAUUUGGCGAAGGAGGUUCAUGUCGUUGUUUCCACUUGUAGAACUAGAUAUAAAGAGCUUCUUGAGACGCUUGUAAAAAUUGCACAAGUGUUGCCUUGGGGAAAAGAUAUAACUAAGAAAAAUAUUGUUAAGAAUGCUCCUUUUGUGAUUCAGUAUAUGGAGAAGAAGUCUAUGUCAAAGCCUGUUGAGAAGAGGAAGAAUCUUGAUCAGACUAGGUUUGAUUUGGAAGACGCGGUUGCCGAGUGCUUAACACAAGAGAAUGGAUAUGAGUAUGGGGUUGAUGGAUUAGUUUCCCGUAAAGAUUCUCAGUAUCUUUUAUUGCAAAGUAAUGCGGAUAGAGAAGGCAUCAGGAAUGUUGAUACGUUGCAGAUUUCACCUGAAUGUUUAUCACUGAUGUAUGAGAAGUUUUUAAACGAGAAUCGUAGUGCUAUGUCUUCGAGGAGUGCAAAUGUUCAGAAACGGAGAAGGGUGGAAUUUGAUUUUCAUGAGUGUAGGGAGUGGUGGGAUGGAGAAUCAGAACUGAGCAGAAAGCUUAUACUGAGAAAGUUACUAGAGAAGGAUAUUGGUGCGGAAACCAUGCCACCGUCAUUUGUUAAUGGUCAAUUGAAAUGUAAAAUAAGGCGAGAGAGGAUCGACGCUGCAAGGAAGCGGAUAAAAAGAAUAACUCAUCCAUUACAUGCUGAUCUCGAUGAUACUGUACCUCUUGGCAUUUUAGAUAGCACUUGCACUGAGAGAAGGAAGAAGAGAAGAGGAGUGGUAGUUGAUGGUAUUGAUUGGGAAGACUUGAUUAUUGAGACACUUAUUCUUCAUCAAGUAAAGGAAGAAGAAAUUGAGAAGGGGCAUUACAAUACUUUACUAGGCCUACACGUGUUUAACUCCGGUGUUGUAUAAGAGAGGUUUAAGGUGUAAAGACAUUACAUUAGAGGUUUCAGAUUUACUGGCAUUUUAAUGAUCUAUUGGAUAGUGAUAUUUUCUGAUUUACCACAAUCUUAUGAUAGAGCAGAUAUUUUUAUGCUGCAAAUUUUGUACUCAAACUUUUUAUUUUAUUCAUUUGUAAUGCAAGUUACUAACAGUUCAUUUUCCUUUUC